AUGUGGCGAAAUGAGCAGUCCACAGGCUGUUGGAAGAGUCUUGUUUUCGCGGCCAAGGUCCACUCCUCCUACAACCGGUUUAAGGACCUCGAGUUGUGUCCUCCGGCAUUUCGACUUGACCCGACGUCCGUUUCUGCCAGACCAUACAGAAAGGCUUCACAGGCUGUGGCAGACGGAGGGGAGCAGUUGAGUGGGACAUGUCUUGCCUCGUUCGGCUCACAGUCUGUGUCUGACCGGUGA